AUGUUGACCUCCGUCGCUACCUUGGCCCUUUGCUGGCUAGCCAGCUUCCAGUCUGUCACCGCCGCAGCAGUAGGAGAGGUUUCUCAGAAUGUCCGACAUGGCGACCCGGAAACUGUUGACGCAGUUGGACGUGCUCUGCGUUUCGCGGGACCCGCGGGAAACAAGGGAAAGGAAAUCACCUAUAAGAUGAACAAAACUUCGCUGGCAAAGAGCUGGAACCACUCGACUCUGUUUGCACUUGGGUCAAAUAUCGUUGAUGCCGAUAUCUCAGUCGUUUGCGAAACCUGCUACAUAAAGGGAUCAGUGAACGGGCAUUUGACGAUCCGCGAUGACUUGAACCUCACCGAGGUUGUUCAUAGUGUUGCGUCGGAGGUGGAGAACGCAACCACUGCCGCCUGGGACGAGCUGAAGGAAUACGUUAAGGAUGUCGCAAAGGAUAUUAUUCACUUCUCGCAUAUUCCCGCCUUCCCCACGCUAGAUGUUGAUUUUAACCUCGACAAAACCGCUGGAUUGCCCCCUAUCGACGCCCGAUUUGAGUUUGAUAACCUCGAGUUGUACCUAGACUUCGACCUCAAGCUCGACGCUGGAACGUACUAUACAUUCAGAUUGUUCACAUCUGAAACCCCUGCUGGGUUUUCAAUUCCGGGCCUGGAAGCUGGUGCUCUCUUCAAGGCGUCACUGAUCCUCAUGACCGAAUCGGCAAUUGACAUCAGCAGUGGAAUUCAUCUGAAGUUGGAUGACGGCCUGGCGCUGGAUAUGGAGCUCUUCAAUAAAAAGGUCUCCGGGAUUAAGAUGCCAGGUGCGACGUUUGAACUUCUCCCUGUCAAGAUUCACGGCCACGGCUCUAUUGAAGCGAUACUGCAGCUUGAAGCCUCCGUGGGCUUUAAUAUGUACACCGAAAAAAUGGCCGGUCUAUUGACCGCCAGCACGGGUGUGGAAGCAGAAAUCUAUGCCUACGUUGCUGACUUCUACGUGAAAGUCGACGGUUCUUCAAAGAAGCACUGCGAACUAGCCGCUCAAGCCGAGUACUACUUUGGGCUCGGGGCUGCUGCCGGAGCAACUGUUGCUGUUGGUGACUAUAUGUGGGGUCCAGACCCUGCAACAUCGACCGACAUCUGGACCACAACACUACCACGCUUCUGUGCCCACACAAAAACCAAAUCAGCAACAAAAACGAAAACCCACCAUACUAAGACAGCGGCUGCUGAGGUCACUGCCCGGGCUGCACUGGAAGAUCGUGCUCCCAAGGUAACGACAACCGUGUCCACCACGGAAGCAUACACCGUCGUCAAUUGCCUCAAGAAGGGAGUGGUGAACUGCCCUGUUAACAUGCAGAACACGACUUCGGUCGAACACACCCUUACAACUGUUCUCACAUUGCCUUCUGGAAUGGAUGCUACGUACCCAGCCAAUACACAUGCAUCUGUCACUAGUGUGAUUCCAUUUGGUACAAAUCAUCACAAGAUCGCAGCCACCACUGGGUCCCCCAAACCACAUGCACCAAGGAAGACCUCGGUGUGA